AAAUUUAUGGCACCCCUAUAGGUUCUCUGUGGAAGUUCCGUGGGGUCACUGGGCUGACGUGACCGAGAAGCUUGGCCAAGUGCGUGCUCGGAGGGCUAGGCUGGUCCCAGGAGCUGGGAUGCUAUUCUUAGCACAACUAGCCGCUAUUGCCGUGGCUUAAAUCUUCUCAUUGGUUUGAGGCAAGUGUUGGAACUCGCGGGACGGGAGUUUUGGUCCCGAACUAGGGGACCGUUACGAACCGUGGAUUGGAGUUCCGCAAGAGGGAAACUGUAAUCCUGCCUAAUUGACAAAUGCGCGUUGUGUAGGUGGAGCCGGGAGAGGUUGUCAAUCCUGGUUGAGAAGCUUCGUGCAGUUCAGUGCCGUGCUGAUCGGUCCACUGCACAAGAAUGUUGAAGAAUUAAGGAUGAGGUCGGCACAGGUUUCCGGACAUCUGCAAAGGGAGAUCUCGAUUCAAACAUUGGAGUAGAACUUGAAGGAACAACUUUUUCUACGCCGUGUUUGCAGGCUGACACUUCGGGACUUCUGGAAGGGUGCACACGACUGAUAUGGUUGAUUCUCUUUGAAAGCUGUGUUAAAGAGUAUGCAAGUCUUUCAUAUGGGGUUUGCGGAUUCAUCAGAUGGAAAAGGAGAGUUCAGCGCUGGGGCAGGUUACAGGAAAUAGUUCUUUAGAUUGCAGUGCGUGGUCCUAUGAGCAGUGGGGCUCAAUCAACGAGUAUUUACUGCUGGAAUCUUUGUUCAGGAAGUUAUAUUUGUGCGUGAGGACACCAGGGUUUCGCAUGUAACGAGUUUGCUCCAAGUUGCCACCAUUUAACUUGCCAUAGAAGUGCUGGAGUCAUGCGUUAGGACAAGGUGGUGUGGAAGAUAAAAGCUGGAUUUUUCACAGAAGGGAAAGUCUUUUACAGUUUAGGUGUUGGACAAGCAGCAGACAGGAUAACAUGGCAGGCCGGCCAAUGAAAAUUUGGUUCAAACGGAUUUCUGCAUUACUAUGCUUGAGCUUGGUUUGGGCGCCGUCUGCGGCGGUCACAGAUCCUAACGAUGCAAGGGUUAUGGUAAAAUUGCAGCAGACUUGGGGCUCUGUAUUGACGACGUGGACUGGAAAUGAUCCUUGCGGGGACAAAUGGGUGGGUACCUUGUGUGACGCCAAUACCAAUCAAGUGAUAUACAUGACUUUGAUAAACUUAGGCCUUGAAGGAGAAAUUCCUCCAGAAAUUGGAUCACUUCCAGCUCUUUCGAAUUUAGAUCUCUCCUUCAACGAUAAAUUGAAAGGCUCAAUACCUUCUGAACUGGGAAAUCUCCAAAACUUAAAACUUCUGAGUUUGCAGCAGUGCAGUCUCACAGGGUUCAUCCCUGCUUCACUUGGACAGCUGGUGAACUUAACCUACUUGGCUUUGAAUGGCAAUAAGCUAACUGGACCUAUUCCAUCUGCUCUUGGCGCACUUUCCAAGUUGAAGUGGUUCGAUGUCGCUUACAACCGCUUAUCGGGGUCUUUACCCGUCUCAUCAAACAAUGCAGCUAAAUUGGGUCUCGACACGUGGCCAGUCAUUCAGCACUACCAUCUAAAUAACAAUGAGUUUUCUGGCUCCAUUCCUCCUGAACUUGGCGGAGCUACUGAAUGCCUGCACUUGCUACUUGAGUAUAAUCAAUUCACUGGAACGAUUCCUGAUACACUUGGAAAUAUGAAAAGCCUUCAGAUCUUGAGUCUUCAUUACAAUCAGCUGUCGGGUCCUAUCCCCCAGAGCUUGAACAAAAUCGUCUCGAAUGGCACGGCUUACCUCGGGUUGCAUCAAAUGCGUGUGAACAAUAACAUGCUCACUGGAGUUGUGCCUGUUUUGGAUGCACUUGACAGCCUUGAAUUUGUUGAUUUCAGCAAUAAUACUUUUGACCCACAGCCAUUUCCUUCAUGGUUGAAUGCAUCCGCAAAUACCAUCCAGACAAUACUAGUUGAAUUUUCCAACCUGAUCGGCCCAUUGCCUUCAGAUAUUCUGAGCUAUCCCUCGCUACAGGGGCUGUACGCUAAAAAUAAUCAACUAAACGGCACCUUGAAUAUUCCAUCUACGCUGGGACGUAGACUGCGAGUCGUCUCUCUCGAGAACAACAAGCUCGACCAACUAACCUUUGCGACUAAUGCUAAUUUACCAAAUAUUUCGUUGAAUGGUAAUCCGACAUGUUCAGGUACAGGGCUUGUAACUGCAGGUCCACUUUUAUGCGGAACCGUGGUUCCACCAGCAACCCUGUGGAAUUCCCCUCUGGUAGCUAGCAGUACAUGCCCCGUUUGCGAUGAUCCAUUGCUCACCUCAAAUCCUUAUACCUGUCGUUGCAGUAAACCUCUUAUCGUUUCGCUUGAAAUCCGAGCAUUUACUGCGCCCACGAUCAAUGAUACAGAUUUGUGGGAAAAGAUGAGAAAUCAAACAUAUUCCUCAAAAAACAUUACAACUUUCUUUAAGAUAGACCAGAUUUGGGUCAGAGAUGCGUCCAUUAACAACGAGAAAAAAGUUCUCGUCAGAAUAUAUUUCUUCCCUCUUAUUGGUGAAACCAUAGAUGAGGUCACCGAAACAAUAAUCAAGGUAGCUUUCACUCAACAAUUGGUUUCAUACACCAGUCCUUUCAAGCCGGAGAUGGUUAAAAGCAUCAUAAAUUCCGGAGCGAUAUCUUCUCAUGGUUCCCAUGGUUUCCCGAAAGCGGCUAUAAUUGGGAUUGCUGUGGGGGCCGGAGGUUUGCUGGUCCUCAUUGCAUUCUUAGUCUUCGUGGCCGUAAAGCUUAAACGCAGAGCUGAGGAAGAACGCAAGAAGAAUCCUUUCGCUGAUUGGGAGAAAGCUCAAGAUGGAGAUGCACCCAAACUCAAAGGAGCCCGCUGGUUCACUUUUGACGAUAUUAAGAUGAUGACGAAUAACUUUAAUGAAGAUAAUGUACUUGGAGAGGGUGGUUAUGGCAAGGUAUACAAGGCCAUUGAGGCAGGCACAGGAGCGACAUUUGCAGUGAAAAGGGCACAAGAAGGAUCCAAACAAGGCGCCCUCGAGUUCAAGAAUGAAAUAGAGCUCUUAUCCCGGGUUCACCACAACAAUCUGGUAGGACUAGUGGGGUUCUGCUACCAGAAGGGAGAGCAGAUGCUUGUGUAUGAGUACAUGCCCAACGGCACAUUGACACAAAACCUUCGUGGCUCGAAGGCGGAUUGGCCCUUGGACUGGGACAGAAGGCUCUUGAUUGCGUUGGGCGCAGCCCGAGGCUUGGCCUACUUGCACGACAAUGCAGAUCCACCCAUCAUUCACCGAGACGUGAAGUCAUGUAACAUACUGCUAGACAAGAAGAUGAAUGCAAAGGUCGCUGACUUCGGCAUGUCUUUGUUAGUGCCUGACGAGAAAGACGAGAAAACCCGCAAGGUCAAAGGCACUAUGGGCUAUUUGGACCCGGAGUACUACUUGACGAGUCAUUUGUCAACCAAGAGCGAUGUCUACAGCUUCGGGGUGGUAUUACUGGAGCUUUUCACUGGCAAGGCUCCGAUCAGUCACGGCACUCACAUAGUGAAGACCGUAAGGAACUUGUGGGACAGUGCAGGUAUUGCAGGCGUGAGGAGGACCCUGGACCCGAUCCUGGACGGCACGUCCAUGGACGAGCUGGAGAAGUUUGUGAGGAUUGCCCUGGUAUGCACAGAAGACACUGCACUGGAGAGACCAAGCAUGCACGAGGUUGUGAUGCAGCUGGAGACUCUGGUGGGACCCAAAGCACAUAUCAUGCCCGGCAGUGACAACUCCAUAGCCUCCAAGGCGUCCAAGAGCGACACGAGAAUACCGCUCCCGAUGUCGAACAUGAUGUCGGACGACUUCGAGCCUGCUUCCGGGCAGUUCUCGCAGGCGUUCUCGCAUGGCUCGUCGUCGUCGCAUCAGUCGGCGUUCAGGUACAGUGGAGGCUUUGGUCCAUCUCCUGUUCAACCGAAGUGAGCUCAUGCCACUACGAGGAACAAGAAUAGUCGUAGUUGCAGUUUGUAGACUGGUGUUGGCUCAGAAGUCGAGAUCGAUCAUUCUUUUUACUACAGUUUUGUUGCGUGCAUUAUACGGAGUUUUAUUAUAGCAAUAUCAAGUGUGUCUCUAGUUCUGUAUAAUCGUAGUUUGUUGCUGAAAUAGAAAGAUUGCUAUCGGAGUUUAUCAACUUGAGAUAGUGAUUAUCCAGUUCUGCUGUUUUAAGCAUUGGUUACCCAAGGUAGCUAUCGCGGGUACCAGUCUGCCUGUUUGACAUGGAGGGCAUGUCGAUACAAGAAUGACGAUAUCUCCAUUUCUGAUCUGAAUCAGUGGAUUUUUAAAAAAAAUAAGAAAAAGAACGUCCAAUUCUGCCUA